AUGGAAAAAGAAAAGGAAACGGUCGAUUUAGUUAAAGUUGUGUUGGAAAAUUUAUCAUUGGUUCUUAACAAAUAUCUCGAAGAGGAAAGAGAAUACAACGAUACAGAACUGUCUAAUACUUCUAAUGAUAGAAAUAAAAUAGUAUUGUAA